CCAGGAGCAGGAAAUGCGGCAGCUGAACUCGCACCAAGCGCGAGGUGUUCCGGCAGAUGGAACAGCGGCGCGAGCAGCAGGCGCUGAAGGCCGAGAAGAAAUUCCAGGAGGGACAAAAAUUCCUGGAGCAGCUGGAGCAGAUGAAGAGGGAGGAUCGGCAGGCCUGGCAGCAGCAGCAGCAGCGCAAGCGGCAGAUCCUGGCCGAGAUGCGGGCGGUGGACGCGGAGAACCAGCGGCUGCGACAGCGCGACAGGGACCGCGACAGGCGCGCCGAGCUGCAGGCGCUGGAGGAGCAGCGCCUCAAGGGGGAGCGGGAGGCGGCGCUGGAGGCGGAGCGGGCGCAGCUGCGCCGGGAGCGGGCUGUCACCUCCCCCGGGUGUCCCCAGUGUCCCCUGUCACUGUAA